CAAGCAAGUGGGUAGUACAGAUUCUAAUACCUUGAAUGAAGUUUCUUGCAGCUGGAUGAAGAAGCCUCGAUGUGGUGUGCCUGACCAAACAAGAGGUAGCUCCAAAUUUAACAUUCGUCGGAAACGCUAUGCAUUAACAGGACAGAAAUGGCAACACAAACAUAUCACUUACAGCAUAAAGAACGUCACUCCAAAAGUAGGUGAUGCUGAAACUCGUAAAGCCAUUCGCCGUGCCUUUGAUGUGUGGCAGAAUGUAACUCCUCUAACAUUUGAAGAAGUUCCUUAUGUUGAAUUAGAAAAUGGCAAGAGGGACGUGGAUAUUACAAUCAUUUUUGCAUCAGGCUUUCAUGGUGACAGUUCUCCCUUUGAUGGGGAGGGAGGAUUUUUGGCCCAUGCAUAUUUCCCUGGGCCAGGAAUUGGGGGAGACACUCAUUUUGACUCAGAUGAGCCAUGGACUUUGGGAAAUCCCAAUCAUGAUGGAAAUGAUCUUUUUCUAGUUGCAGUGCAUGAACUGGGACAUGCUCUGGGCUUGGAGCACUCUAAUGAUCCCACUGCAAUCAUGGCUCCAUUUUACCAGUAUAUGGAAACUGACAACUUCAAACUACCUAAUGAUGAUUUACAGGGCAUCCAGAAGAUAUAUGGUCCACCUGACAGGAUCCCACCACCAACGAGACCUCUGCCAACAGUGCCCCCACAUCGUUCAAUCCCUCCAGCAGACCCGCGGAAGAAUGACAGGCAACCUAAACCUCCCCGGCCACCCACUGGUGACAAACCUUCCUAUCCCGGAGCCAAGCCUAACAUCUGUGAUGGGAACUUCAACACUCUGGCUAUUCUUCGCCGGGAAAUGUUUGUUUUCAAG